ACAUUGUAGAGAGAGAGCGACCAACUAAUCGGUUCAGGCGCUCAGUCAAAUCCCCUCCUCCCCAAAUCACGAACACGGCGUACUUUGUUGUAUCAUGGGACACCAAAUUGCCUGAAACUUGAUUUUUUUCCCCGUUUGGUGCUCACGGUGAGAAGAGGGGGUUCGAGAGGCGCCCACAGAAUAAUCGGAAUAAUCGAAACAAAAUGAUGUAGGGGGGCACAGAGAGAGAGAGGGAGUGUGUGUGGUUCUGCCCGCGUUUAUCUCUCAACGCUGUGCAUCAAGGAGGUACUAUCAUCAAUGGAGAACAAGGAUGGCGAGGGAGGAAGGUUGGAAAGCAGCGCUGAGAGGGUCUGCAGGAGGUGCAAGCAGACGUACCACCUGUAUGCAAACAGUCCUUCGUCCUGCAGAUUCCAUCCAUCUUUUUUCGUUUCGAGAAGGCACGAUGAUCAACAGAGGUACUAUGAACUGAAACCUGGUGAUCCUCCUUAUGCGGCAAAAUUCUAUGACUGCUGUGGAGCAGAGGAUCCUGAUGCUGCAGGUUGCAAAACAGAUUUCCAUAUUUCAUAUGAUGACUAACUUUUCUUUCUUGUGAAUAAGAGAGUCUCUUCUAUAAGUUCACAUAACAUUUAGAAGAGUUGUCUAUGGUGUGAUAAAUUUCGACAAAUUUCUUCUCCUAUUGUCGUUGUAAAUUCCCAGUACAGACCAUUGAGAGCAUUGGAUGUAUCUAUCGUAUCGCUUAUCUAAGGAUGUGUUAUUUUAUCAA